CAAAAAUCCAGCUGUAUUUUCAUAAUUCCCUCCAACCAAUCAGUUUCAAUUUAAGCAAUUCAUUACAAAAAUUCAAGCAUUAAAAAUGAUCAGCAGCAUCUGUUCCCGUUUAACCAUAUUAAUUUUUGGUACUUUGUAUCCUGCUUAUUAUUCCUUUAAAGCAGUGCGUACCAAAACUGUGGAUGAGUAUAUGAAAUGGAUGACGUACUGGAUUGUGUUUGCAAUCUUCACUGCUGCGGAAACAUUUACUGAUGUCUUUCUCACUUGGCUGCCAUUCUAUUACGAACUGAAGAUUCUACUUAUACUUUGGCUCUUGCCAUCUAUGGGAAAUGGAAGCCCAGUGUUGUAUAGAAAAUGUUUGCAUCCUUUUUUGAAAAAGCACGAAUCUCGUAUUGAUCGUGCAUUGGAGCAGAUGCAAAACAGAGGUCAAGAUAUGAUAUUCCAAUAUGCUAGUGAAGCUGUUCUAUUUCUUGGUAGAGGAAUAAUGGACAUAUUGUAUAAGAAUAUGCCAAAUGGGCUGCUAGGUUUAAUGGCUAAUAGUCAUGGCGUUAAUAAUGAUGAUCGUACAUCCCGAAUGAGACCAGUAGCUAGUUCAACAAUGCUUAUCGAAGAACUAGAUGAUCCGCAACCCUCUACUUCAUCUAAUGGAAAAUUGAGAAAGCGCAAGACUACACCUGGAAGAAAGACAACAAAAGAUGUGGCCGGAGAAGCUAAUACUGAACAGAACGAUCAAAAAACAAAGCAAACACGUGGACGCGGCCGUAAAGCUCGCGAUACAAAAGCGGAAUAUAAUUUAGAUAUAAAUUUAAACGAAAACUAGAGUUCCAUUUACUUUUAGACUAUUUAUUUAUUUAUUUACAUAAAGAUAUGUUCGGACGAAACCAUAAAGGUAUCUAUACAAAUCCGUUUUCCAUUUAAAUAAAUUUGGUAUGAAUGGAAAGCUAAACGUCCUUAUAUUUUAUAUUCCUUUUAUAAUUAAUUACCUCUGUUUUGUCAUGUCUAUCAUGUAGUUAUGUUUUUAUAAAUUUUAAAUAUUUAUUUUUGUUUCCCUUAAUAACUUGCCUUGUUUAGUCAUAAUCAUUGUCUCUCUUACUGCGUAGAUAAGAGCCCAUUAUUUUAAUUCCGAACAUUUGUA